GAGUAGGAGCACGAGCUGUGACAAUGGCUCUUACCUCGUUGACACCUGUGACUCUGGCUCAGCUAUAGGCUGGCUCUGGAUGGAGGAGGACGAGGAGGAUGCUUCUACUAUUUCAGUAUGAGAGGAAGAUGAGAAGGAGCAGACAGAGAAUCAACAGGCGUUGACACAGACCAGGACCCUGUUAUUUUUUCCCCCUCUGAUGGGCACAGGCUGUUGUUAUUCCACUGUGGAUCGGUGGCGGCAGUAUGUGUGGGAGACCAGCGAGCUGCAGUGUCUGAAAACACCCGAGGAGGAGAACACACAUUUACACACUUACACACAUAGUCACCAUCACGCAGCACCAGAAGCCGACGUUUACCCGACUGAACUGGCUAACGGCUAAUACUUCCUUCCUGGAUUUUACACACUCAUCUAGGGAAGUGUAUCUGUGGCGUCUCACACUCAUCUUGUUCUCAAACGCUUUUGGGCAUUUUCUUAUUCCUUUCUCCUCUGUCCGUCUGAUCCUUCUGGACCUGCGAGCACCUUUUCGAGAGAGGUGCUGAGUUUCAGUGUUAUGUCGGCUGGCAGGGUCCAUAAUCAUAUCUGGUGACGCACGGGUUUCUACGCCUGGACAAUGGCUCCGGAGUGGCAGGACCAAUCAGUAACACCUCUCUCUGAAAGCUUUCCUGUGGCCACAGAGGUUUCUGAUGACUUUCAAUAGAGUUCAACUCUUCUGGGACUGAGGGAGAGGAGGAGGAGGAGGAGGAGAGGAAAGGAGUGGAAGAGAGGAGAGGAGGAGUAGGAAGACCACACCAGAUCAGAGCUCAGGAUGGAUCUUCUCUCAUCUAUAUUUAAUGUGAGUGUGGAGGUUUAGAGGGGGGAGUCUCUGAGCUGUUCUUCUCCUCUUAGGAAUGUACUGUGAUUGAGCCCUGGUCAUUUGACUGCACUUCACUGGAGGUCCACUUACAACCUGGAAACAAGGGAGAGACAGAAAGAAAGAAAUAGACCUCCCUUCUCUGAUGUCUCCAAGACUUGUCAGGUAAUCAAGCCAAUUUCCUGCCUUUCGACCCCCCUUCCCCGUUCCUUCGUUCUUGAAAUAGAAGAGAACAAGAGCGAGAAGAGUCCCAGUGAUCCAGAGAGACUACUGCUGGGGAGUUUCUGGCGGUGCCAUCUGUCUCCUUCCCAGCUGUUGACCAUGUUGCGUCUGGUGUGCCCCCCUGGUUAGGGAACGGACGAUGCAGACGGGGCUGUCUGUCUUUCACGAUCUAAUGGACUUCCUUUUGGACUUUUGGUCCCUCUUACUGCUCAAUAGGAUGCAGUGAGUAACCCUACCCGUACCUGCACACCCCUCCAACUCCUCCACCUUAUAUUCCUCUCCUCUGUGGCUGCCAGUUCAAUCGCUCCGUAGGCCAGCUGUUAUCUCGUUCCCGGACCUAAAGGAAGAGAAGAGGGGAUAGUUAUUUCUCUUCCCUCCUCUGGUCCCUGAGAUGAAUUUCAUCUUCGGCAACAACACUCAGUUCCCACGAGGUGGGCGGAGCGGUGGAGGCGGGGGCCAAGGGCAUGGGGGGCCCCAGAAACAGAAACAGGGGCCCAAGAGAGGCGCCUCAGAGGAACUGCCCUCGGGACAUCAUACGGGCUCACCUUCCUCCUCCUCCUCCUCUUCCUCCUCUCACUGGCAGCAGCUCAUCACCUUCUUCUCGAAGAGAAACGCCUUUAGUGACUGCAUCACAGCCGGAGCCACUCAGGCAAACCCACCUCCUGUGGUGGUCAACACAGACAGCUUGGACAGCCCCCCAUACGCGAAUGGAUCUGAAGCAGAUUAUGAAUAUGAGGAGAUCACACUGGAACGGGGUAACUCUGGGUUGGGCUUCAGUAUUGCUGGGGGGACAGAUAACCCCCAUAUCGGCGAAGACCCCAGUAUCUUCAUCACCAAGAUUAUCCCUGGGGGAGCUGCAGCUCAGGAUGAACGUCUCAGAGUGAAUGACUGCAUCCUGAGAGUGAACGAGGCUGACGUGAGGGAAGUGACCCACAGUAAGGCUGUGGAGGCCCUGAAGGAGGCCGGCUGCAUCGUCAGGCUCUACAUCCGCAGGAGAAAAGCCCUCUCGGAGAAGAUCCUGGAGCUCAAACUAGUCAAAGGUCCCAAAGGGCUAGGAUUCAGUAUUGCGGGGGGAGUAGGGAACCAGCACAUUCCAGGAGACAACAGCAUCUAUGUCACCAAGGUCAUCGAGGGAGGGGCUGCACACAAAGACCAGAGGCUGCAGAUAGGAGACAAACUACUGGCUGUAAAUAGCGCUUGCCUUGAGGACGUGAGUCACGAGGUUGCCGUGGCAGCCUUGAAAAACACCCCUGAUGUGGUUUACUUGAAAGUGGCGAAGCCCACCAGUGUCUUCAUGAACGACAGUUUCGCUCCCCCCGACAUCACCAACUCGUAUUCCCCUCACAUGGAUAACCAUAUCAGCCCUUCCAACUACCUGAGCCGGCCCCAUACCCCCGCCACGCCUGGACGCUACUCGCCCGUCCCCAAGAGCAUGCUAGGAGACGACGAGGUUACGAGGGAGCCCAGGAAGGUGGUGUUACAUCGUGGUUCUACAGGCCUGGGUUUUAACAUCGUAGGAGGAGAGGAUGGAGAAGGGAUCUUUAUCUCCUUCAUCCUGGCUGGUGGACCUGCUGACCUCUGUGGAGAGCUUCGCAAAGGAGACCGCAUCAUCUCAGUGAACGGGGUCGACCUGCGCAGUGCAACCCAUGAGCAGGCUGCUGCAGCUCUGAAGAAUGCUGGACAGACGGUUACCAUCACAGGCCAGUACAGGCCAGAGGAGUACAGUCGGUUUGAAGCCAAAAUCCAUGAUCUACGUGAACAGAUGAUGAACAGCAGUAUCAGCAGUGGCUCUCUGCGGACCAGCCAGAAGAGAACGCUCUAUGUCAGGGCUCUGUUUGACUAUGACAGGGCGAAGGACUCGGGGCUGCCCAGCCAGGGGCUCAACUUCCACUUUGGAGACAUCCUUCAUGUGGUGAAUGCCUCCGAUGACGAGUGGUGGCAGGCACGUCAGGUGACCCAUGAAGGAGAGGUGGAAGAAGUUGGAGUCAUCCCUAGCAGGAGGAGGGUUGAAAAAAAAGAGAGAGCGCGGUUAAAGACAGUCAAAUUCAACGCCCGGUCUCAAGACAAAGUGUCAUUCAAUGACAAGCGUAAAAAGAACUUAUUUUCCCGAAAGUUCCCUUUCUACAACAAGAGCAAGGAGCACAGCGAGCAGGAAACGAGCGAUGUUGACCAGCAUGUUACCUCUAACGCCAGUGAUAGUGAAAGUAGUUACCGUGGCCAGGAGGAGUACGUCCUGUCCUAUGAGCCAGUCACACAGCAGGAAGUGAACUACACACGGCCUGUCAUCAUCCUGGGGCCAAUGAAAGACCGCAUCAAUGAUGACCUCAUCUCAGAGUUCCCCGACAAAUUUGGGUCCUGUGUCCCACACACGACCAGACCGAAGCGGGAUUACGAAGUGGAUGCCAGAGACUACCAUUUUGUGGUGUCCAGGGAGCAGAUGGAGAAAGACAUCCAGGACCACAAGUUCAUUGAGGCGGGCCAGUACAACAACCACCUGUAUGGAACCAGUGUCCAGUCUGUACGGGAGGUCGCUGAGAAGGGGAAGCAUUGCAUCCUGGAUGUUUCAGGCAACGCCAUCAAGCGAUUGCAAUCGACCAUGCUCUACCCCAUCGCUAUUUUCAUCAAGCCCAAGUCUGUGGAGAAUAUCCUGGAGAUGAAUAAGAGGCUAACAGAGGACCAGGGGAGGAAGACCUUUGACCGAGCCAUGAAGCUGGAGCAGGAGUUCACUGAGCACUUCACUGCUAUAGUCCAGGGGGACUCUCUGGAGGAGAUUUAUAACACGGUGAAGAGGAUCAUCGAGGAGCAGUCAGGACCCUUCAUCUGGGUGCCUGCCAAGGACAAGUUGUGAAGGAGGACAGAAGAGAUGACCUUUUUUUUUGAUGCCGUCCUCAUUUUCUUCUUUGAUUUUAGGUCUAAUUUUAUGCCCUGAGCAUAGGACCCCCCCUUCACUUAUACCCCCUCCCCCGCUGCCGUCCUGCUCCCCUCUGUCACACUGGCUGGUUGUUACAUUAGUGUCUGGGGAUCUGAUCACGCAUAGACCCACACACACACACACACACACACAAUUCUUUAAUGUUUUCUUUAUAACACACACAAAAUUCUUUAAUGUUUUCUUUAUCACACACACACACUCUCUCUCUCUCUCUGGUGUUUUCUUGGGCUGUCCUUGUCUCUGGAUGUUUUUCCUGCUAAGGAGGUACGGGCUUUGGCGACCAGCAUCUUAUGGGGAGAUUUUUAUGGUACAAGUCCUUAAUGUUUAAGGAACAUGAUUUAGAUGCAUAUAUAUACAAAUAAUAAAUCAUUUCUUGUACUUUUUUUUUUUUCUUCAUAUUAUUGAAAGGGAAUGCAUUAAUGUGUGGGUUAGUAAAGGAGAUGACAUGAGGCUAAACAUUGCACGUUAUAGCUUUAAAAAGAGCAUGUUUCAGAGUGUUCUGAUCAUUCCCUCAUCAUGUUUUCCCUCGUCAUGUUUUUGUUGUUCUUUAGUUGUCCUUUGUCUCUGCUCACAUGACAGCCAUACUAUUCAAACUGCACAGAGGGACCUGAGGUUAGAGAGUGAUGAGUGGACUUCACUCUGGCACACGAGGCUGUUUCUUAUCAUAGCCGCCUUCACUGACUUUACGAUCCCUGUUGAUUUGAUUCUGUUCUUUGUCAAUAAGAUUUUGGGUGGUUCAUUUCCUGAACAGGAAUAGAGUAAAUGAAAGUCUGUUUUUUAAACUGACUCCAGGUGUAUUAGUAGUAGUAGGAAGGAAGCAAAAACCGAAAGAAUUUAUUGUACACUGAGAUUUUAACGUAUAUUUAACCCUCAGUCUACUGCCUAUUUUGUUAUAAUAAAAAGUCUAUAUUGAGCUUUACUUUAAAACUCAUACAGCUAUGGGGAAUUAUUUUCUUUGCCAUGUUGAACGUAUAAAUAUGAAUAUAUAUAUAUAUAUAUAAAUAUAUUUUCCUUUACUUUCACCAACACCUAUCGGUUUCAGUUAGUUUCUUAUGCAUUCAGUAGAGCAGAGGAGACCUGUGGUCCUGAGUCAGGUCCCUCUGUAAGGCCAGAGAAUGGGGUUAUGGUUAGGGUUGGGACACACGUACACCCCCUAACUCUGAACUCCGCUGACUGGCUGGAGUGUGAACUGUGUUGGUGAAGCAGUGGAAAUGUAAAGUAACCGACAUGGUGGCCGCUGGUUCUCCUCUCCCCCUCUCCAUGUCCACUUCCCUGGUUCUCCUCUUCCCCCUCUCCAUGUCCACUUCCCUGGUUCUCCUCUCCCCCUCUCCAUGUCCACUUCCCUGGUUCUCCGCUCCCCCUCUCCAUGUCCACUUCCCUGGUUCUCCUCUCCCCCUCUCCAUGUCCACUUCCCUGGUUCUCCUCUCCCCCUCUCCAUGUCCACUUCCCUGGUUCUCCUCUCCCCCUCUCCAUGUCCACUUCCCUGGUUCUCCUCUUCCCCCUCUCCAUGUCCACUUCGCUGGUUCUCCUCUCCCCCUCUCCAUGUCCACUUCCCUGGUUCUCCUCUCCCCCUCUCCAUGUCCACUUCCCUGGUUCUCCUCUCCCUCUCUCCAUGUCCACUUCCCUGGUUCUCCUCUUCCCCCUCUCCAUGUCCACUUCCCUGGUUCUCCUCUCCCCUCUCCAUGUCCACUUCCCUGGUUCUCCUCUUCCCCCUCUCCAUGUCCACUUCCCUGGUUCUCCUCUCCCCCUCUCCAUGUCCACUUCCCUGGUUCUCCUCUCCCCCCUCUCCAUGUCCACUUCCCUGGUUCUCCCCUCUCCAUGUCCACUUCCCUGGUUCUCCUCUCCCCCUCUCCAUGUCCACUUCCCUGGUUCUCCUCUCCCCCUCUCUAUGUCCACUUCCCUGGUUCUCCUCUCCCCCUCUCCAUGUCCACUUCCCUGGUUCUCCUCUUCCCCCUCUCCAUGUCCACUUCCCUGGUUCUCCCCUCUCCAUGUCCACUUCCCUGGUUCUCCUCUCCCCCCUCUCCAUGUCCACUUCCCUGGUUCUCCUCUCCCCCUCUCCAUGUCCACUUCCCUGGUUCUCCUCUCCCCCUCUCCAUGUCCACUUCCCUGGUUCUCCUCUUCCCCUCUCCAUGUCCACUUCCCUGGUUCUCCUCUUCCCCCUCUCCAUGUCCACUUCCCUGGUUCUCCCCUCUCCAUGUCCACUUCCCUGGUUCUCCUCUCCCCCCUCUCCAUGUCCACUUCCCUGGUUCUCCUCUCCCCCCUCUCCAUGUCCACUUCCCUGGUUCUCCUCUCCCCCUCUCCAUGUCCACUUCCCUGGUUCUCCUCUCCCCCCUCUCCAUGUCCACUUCCCUGGUUCUCCUCUCCCCCCUCUCCAUGUCCACUUCCCUGGUUCUCCUCUCCCCCCUCUCCAUGUCCACUUCCCUGGUUCUCCUCUCCCCCCUCUCCAUGUCCACUUCCCUGGUUCUCCUCUUCCCCCUCUCCAUGUCCACUUCCCUGGUUCUCCUCUUCCCCCUCUCCAUGUCCACUUCCCUGGUUCUCCUCUCCCCCUCUCCAUGUCCACUUCCCUGGUUCUCCUCUUCCCCCUCUCCAUGUCCACUUCCCUGGUUCUCCUCUUCCCCCUCUCCAUGUCCACUUCCCUGGUUCUCCUCUCCCCCUCUCCAUGUCCACUUCCCUGGUUCUCCUCUCCCCCUCUCCAUGUCCACUUCCCUGCCAGUUUCCUUUUUUCAUGUGAUGAUGUGCAUGGUUUUUAAAAGCAGUAGUCCUUUAUUAAAUAACAAACGAGGGGGGGAAAGGAAGGGUCUGUGUUCACCGAGGAUUGUGACGUCAUAUCUUCAAGCUCCGCAAGGGGAUCGUUCAGACAGACACACACUGGAGUAGACAGUCCUCGAGUGUGUGUGUGGACAUGGCCGUUGUUCGUAUCUGAAGGGGGAAAGAUCUAACAAUGCGCUCCGAAGCGUAAAGCCUUUAACUGUCCUCCGGAGGGCGCCGUGCCGGAAUCCUCCCUCCCUCUCCUGCUUCCACAAAGAUGAUUGUUUUCUAUAAGACUUGUUCUUGUUCUUCACCACCUCACCACUGCUUUCUAUCUCACUUUUUGGAUUCGAGUUUGUAAAUAAUCCCUUUCCUGAUUCAUUCAAUUUGUCAUAGAGGCCUGUCUAUAAAUCCUUUCUCAUACAUCA